AUGGAAUCUCGAGCCAGCUGUCGUGGGUCGGCGAAGCGUGUCAAUGUGAAUCGCUCGGGUAUCCUGUUUCUGGGCGUUGUGCCUGCUGCUGCUGCUUGCCACCGACCUUAUUUCCACCGCCCAUCUUCAACCGGAAAGCUAGCCUGUACAGGGGGGAACACCAAAGAUCUGUCAGCUUCACACAAGCCCCAUUUUGAUGCGAAAACGCCCGUCACCCAUCUGCACAAUACAAAAAAGGCCUACGCUAAAACACUAUCCCUGUUUCCUUGUCCGAGCGCCAGGCCGGUUCCUGGUGAAGAGCCGAGCAGGAAAACUGGAUCAACCGAAACGACGCAUUUCUGGAUCUGGAUUUCGUUGCAUGUAAAAGGGGGUAUCGCGGCCGUUUUCAACACUGGUGCGGCCGAGCCGGUUCGAGAGAGCAGCCGUAAAGCAAAGAAGAAGGAUAUCGCUAGGGUCCCCGAGGAUUAA